AUGGAUGGACAGAACGGCAGCAGCAGCAUCUGCUCUCGGCCGCACGGCGCCGUGACGGACGACAAGAAGAAGAGGAAGAAGAAGGAGAAGGAGGAGAAGGAGACAAUCCCCGACAGAGUGACUCUGAAGAAGGAGAUCGGGCUGCUGAGCGCGUGCACCAUCAUCAUAGGGAACAUCAUCGGCUCCGGGAUCUUCAUCUCUCCGAAGGGGGUCCUGGAGCACUCGGGCUCGGUGGGUUUGGCGUUGGUGGUUUGGUUACUGGGAGGAUGCAUCGCCGCCUUGGGCUCCUUAUGCUACGCUGAACUGGGCGUCACCAUCCCCAAGUCUGGGGGGGACUACUCCUACGUCACGGAGAUAUUCGGUGGACUGAUGGGGUUUCUCCUGCUGUGGAGCGCCGUCCUCAUCAUGUAUCCGACCACGCUGGCCGUCAUCGCCCUCACCUUCUCCAGCUACGUCCUGCAGCCCGUCUUCCCGAACUGUGUCCCUCCAUACAUGGCAACACGGAUGCUGUCUGCCACCUGUCUCCUGCUGCUGACCUGGGUGAACUGCUCCAGCGUCCGUAUGGCCACCAGGAUCCAGGACGCCUUCACCGUGGGGAAGCUGAUGGCUCUGGGUCUCAUCAUUGUGGUCGGCCUGGUGCAGAUCUGCAACGGGAACUACGAGGCUCUGACCCCACAGGUGGCCUUUUCCCUGGACAGGACGCCGUCGGUCGGGCAGAUCGCUCUGGCCUUCCUCCAGGCGUCCUUCGCCUUCAGCGGCUGGAACUUCCUCAACUACGUCACUGAGGAAGUGGUCGAACCCAGACGGAAUCUACCUCGUGCCAUCUACAUUUCCAUUCCAUUGGUGACCUUUGUGUACACGCUCACCAACAUCGCCUACUUCUCCUCCAUGUCGCCCGAGGAGCUGCUGUCGUCCAAUGCCGUGGCUGUAACGUUCGGGGAGAAGCUCCUGGGGAUGUUCUCCGUCAUCAUGCCCAUCUCCGUGGCUCUGUCCACCUUUGGAGGGAUCAACGGUUACCUGUUCACCUCCUCCAGGUUGUGUUUCUCGGGGGCCAGAGAGGGUCACCUGCCCAGCCUGCUGGCCAUGAUCCACUAUAAGAACUGCACACCCAUCCCUGCUCUCCUGGUCUGCUGCACCGCCACCAUCGUUAUACUCUGCAUCGGAGAAACACACAACCUGAUCAACUACGUCUCCUUCAUCAACUACCUGUCUUACGGCGUCACCAUCGCGGGUCUGCUGUACUACCGCUGGAAGAAACCCAACCUGUACCGACCCAUCAAGGUGAACCUGCUGGUCCCUGUGUGUUACCUGAUGUUCUGGGCGCUGCUGCUGGGUUUCAGUCUGUACUCGGAGCCCGUGGUCUGCGGCGUCGGUCUGGUCAUCAUGCUCACCGGCGUUCCCGUCUACUUCUUGGGUGUCCAUUGGAAAGAAAAACCAAAGUGUAUCUACAACUUCAUCGAGCGGGCGACGUACGUGGGCCAGAGGUUGUGUUUCGUGGUCUUUCCUCAGAUCGACCCCAUCGAGGUCGCCACGCCCUCAGAAUGGACUGACCGGUCAUCAGGCAGGAGCAGUUUGUCUGCCAACUCUUAA